AUUUCUGGACCGCUUCACUUCGACCGGCCGCCAUUUUUCUUCAACCGUUGACUCGCAGUGAAUCCUGGGAUAUGGUGGGCCAUAUCAAAUCUGCUACUGCGCAGCUGUGAGCGCGAGGCUUUUAUCUGUGGGCAUGUGCGUUCUAUGUGACGUUACUGGCAGAUCAAAGAGCUUUUGCUUUGAUCCGUCAGCCACGUCCACAUCAAAGGCAAGGGAAACCUCAAAUAGGGGCUCUCACACAGAAAAAUUACUGCUCAUCUGUUUGCAAAUGUUCAACAGUCGGCUUUCUCCAAAACAAGGAAAUUAUCCAGCUGUUCUCUCAAACCCAGAAAAUCUAAUGUGUGAUACAACCAUGUCAACACGCAGCGAAAAUGAAAAUUCAGUCGUGGUCACACCAGAUCAGAUUAGGCCACCUAUCAAGAGGUGCUUGGAAAGGCUCUCUGGAGUUCAGUGGAGCAUGAUUGAAAGGGGCGCAGGCGACUCGGGCGUCCGAGCGUUGCUCGCUGAUAUGAUUAGUGAAAUCAUUCAGAUCGCCUCCAGUAGAAUCCUCAAAAAUGCCCUUCCUGUUAUCCAGGAUCGCAUGACGAAGGAAGAGCCUUUGGAUGCGGGGAAAAUAAACUCGUCCCUCGGAGACUCAAUCUCAGCCGCCAUCGCCAGCGCUCUUAACGUUCCGAAACAGCGACAUGAGAGCGCUGACGAGCUGACACGGAUGGUUGAGGAAGAGAUCUCCGAAAAGGUCAGCUCAGUAGUCAAACUCAUUAGAGAAAGCCCCGAUCUCCCACAAGACCCCGCCGUUUAUGUUAGCGGCAAAUUUAGUAAUAUUAAAAAGCUGGACCGCAUGGUUUGGCACACUGCCUCGUGCCUUAAAAGGCAUGUAGCAUGUAAACUGCGCUGCCAGUGUGUGUCAAGCGGGUCUGAUUUCGGUACAGAAAGUACGACUUUAAAGAUGUCAAUGCAAUCAGUAAUCACAGAGAUUUCUGCGAUUCUGUCAUGGAGGAGCUCAGAUGGAGAGAUGACAGAUAAAGAUGAGGACGAGGAAGAAACUGAGCUUCCAGACGAAUCAGCUCUAACAGAAAAGGACAAAAUAAAACAAACUGCAGAAAGCGUAAGUAUCCGAGCUCCAACCCCAGUAAAGGUGAUUGCAGCUGACAUCGUAAAUGAGAUACUUGGGAACAUGGAUUUAAGCAGUGAAGAGCUCUGUGAGAGGUGUAGCUUAUCCAAACCUGCCUUUAAUGCAGGAUUAAUUAUCAACAAGCUGAGAGACUUCUUCUCCAGAUGUUUGCCAUCCACCUCUCACUCCGGGCUCAAAGCACGCAAACACGGCUUUUCCAUUUUUGCGAAAAAACAAUUUGAAAAAAUGAAAAAAGAGCUGAGAAAAGUAAUAAAGGCAAACAGGAUUUUUUUUGUUUGUCUAAAAAACACUUGCAAGUACCCCAAGAGUGACACAGUGCCCUCGGAUGAAGGUAUGGUUUUCAGCCUCCCAGGGUCCCAGAGUACAGAGGCUCAUCGAGCCCCUUCCAGAAACACACUGCUUCGUUACAUGCGUUCUUCUCCAGUCGACUUUGACGCCAUUAGAUCAGACGUUAAUCAGUUAUUUGAGAAAUUAACAAAGACAGAAGAACUCUUCAUCAAUCAUAAAACACAGGAAAACUUUAGAAAUAGUGGGUCAACCAGAGAUUUUACUCUGGAGUUAACGGCAAAAGUGUUUGAUCUACUUAUGACGGAUCGACUGUAUCAAAUCCCCGAACCUCUAAUGGGUAGAUCCCUCUCAGACACUGUCAUCUCGCGGACUCCACAACCAGCACAUGGCUCAAAGCGUCCCUUUUCUGCUGAAGUCCUCUAUGUCCUUGUAGAAGACACAGUAGAAAAGUUUGUACAACAGCUUUUGCUCUGGGUAGAGAACGAAGGCCAAGCUCAAAUGAUUGAGGACAAGGUUUCUGUGGCUGUGGAAGACAUCCAGAACCUUAUUAGAAGAACAAGGACCCCAACAAAGGAAACAAGCCCAGAUUCAGAUGGCAGUGGAAGAGAAUCUGUUCCAUUACCUGUAACACCAAAAUCGGUGAGCAUUACCCCAGAAAAAUGCUUUCUGGCACCUGAUCAGAAGCCCCAGACAGAAAAAUCUGGGAGCAUUACCCCAGAAAAAUGCUCUCUGGCAGCUGAUCAGACAGAAAAAUCUGGGAGCAUUACCCCAGAAAGAUCCUCUCUGGCAGCUGAUCAGAAGCCCCAGACAGAAAAAUCUGGGAGCAUUACCCCAGAAAGAUCCUCUCUGGCAGCUGAUCAAACAGAAAAAUCUGGGAGCAUUACCCCAGAAAAAUGCUCUCUGGCAGCUGAUCAGACAGAAAAAUCUGGGAGCAUUACCCCAGAAAAAUGCUCUCUGGCAGCUGAACAGACACAAAAAUCUGGGAGCAUUACCCCAGAAAAAUGCUCUGCCAGUGUUUCAGGUGUUCUCAAGGAUUCCUCUGACAUGUCAGAGAUGAAAAUUCUCACUGACCCCGCCUUUAGGCUCAUGAUGAGACUGAUCAAAAAAUCAAAACCUGAAACUCAACACUUUUUUUCCAGGACAUCAGGUACUACAAAAGAACCAGAAGCGGUCUUCCACCGUCUGAGAGGUCUGAUGCUGCCUGAAAUUAGCAGCACAGAGUCUGCCACAAGUCUGAUGAAUGACAAUAAAAAGUUCAUCAAGAAAAUAGCCAAAUGCCUCAUCGAGGAGUUUGGUUCCGCAGACAAUGUGUUAAAGAAUGCGAUGGCAAAUGAUGCGUGUUUUGAUGAGGCUCUGGUAAAGCAUCUAAAAAUCUGCCUCGGAGUCCUCCCCAGUCCUCCCAAAAAGUCCAAAAUUUCCAGGUUUUUUUCAGCGUUGGGAAAAACUCUGCGAAAACCCUUUAGGUGGUUCACUAAAGCCAGAGAUGAUUAAAAUGACCAUCCUGGCUUUUCCCAGCUGCCCUGCUUCUUUUAACAUCUUGAAGCAGAAUUUUAGCACCAAAUCCAAAUUUUAACAACUGUAGUUCACGCCAUCUCGUCUCCUUUUUGAUUUCCAUCCCCCCCAACCGGUCGCAACGGAUGGCCGCCCCUUCUGAGCCUGGUUCCGUUGGAAGUUUCUUCCUGUUAAAGGGAGUUUUUCUUCCCCACAGUCGCCUAGUGCUUGCUCAGAGGGGGAUCAUUUGAUUGUUGGGGUUCUCUGUAGUACUGUAGGGUUUUGACCUUACAGUACAAACAGGGAGGAGACUUUGUGAUUUGGCGCUUGAUUUUUAAAAUAUCUAAUUUGGCAUGAAAUAAAAA